GGGAUCGAUGCGAUUGGAUGAUUGGGUUUUAUGCCGAGUUCGCCAGAAAAGCAACGCACAGCCACAGAAUGGGGAGAGUCAUGGCAGAAGUUUUAGCAGCUUCUCUCCAUUUACCAACUUAAGGGGCUUACAAGGUCAAGAAAUAUUCAAGACGAAGAACAAUACCCUUACCGACUACUACUAUGAUCUUCAGCCCUGUCUUAUGGCUCCUAGUACAGAAAGUGAAGAUGCAGAUGAGAAAGGACAAGUGGAGUUCCAAGAAGUAUCUCCAGGAUACUUGAUCUCAGGUGUGGAUUCAAAUUCUCAACCAACGAUGGUUUCCACCGUCAAAGAGAGACUUGAAUAUAUCAAGAAGAUACUCUCUAUCGGAGCUUUGGAAGAGCUAGUGCCAGCAACUCCAAAGAAGAGGCUGCAUGUAUCAGUUUCAAAUAAUGCAGAAAAUGAAUGCAUUUUCGAAGAGCUACCUUCACCACCGAAGAAGAGGCUUCAUAUAUCCUCUUCAAGCAAUGCAGAAAAUGAAUGCAUUUUUGAAGUUUCUUCUCCUAGUGUUUCAGCAUCAUCUCAGCAGAGCUUUCAGGGCUCUUGA